UGUGAGCAAUGGAAGGACAGAAGUAAAAGGGUAGGGGGCGGUGCAGCUCUGUCCUUCGGAAUGACCAAUAUGCCCGUGUCUGGAACUCCGUCUCUCUGUGGAUGUCACUUCUAAUGGGAAUCUCCGCUUGAUUAAAUCCUGAUCGUGUCUGUGGGUUUAAAGAUGCUUCUAUUGACUCCCUUUGCACUGUGGACUUUUCUGCUUUCCCUGCUGAAGAUGGUGUGCUCUAAUUACUCCGUAGACCUGUGCAGCUGGAAAGGAAGUGGUUUGUCCCAGGAGCCUGGUAGUGUGGAGCAGAUCUUCUUGCACUGUGCUGAGGGGGACGUGGAGUGGCUGUAUCCGGUGGGAGCGCUGCACCUCAGCCUGUCUCCCCGGAUCCCAUCUCAGCUGACCGGCCCAGCCACCCCUGGAAGUUCCGGGGCUCAAGUCACGGCCUGCAUCAAACCGGCAGAGAGCUUUCGGGGGGCUCAGAUCUACCUGGAGCGGGAUGGGGAGCUGCAGCUGCUAGUGUGGGAUCGACAGGAGGAGGAGGAAGAAGAUGGGGGUAUCGAACCCAAAGUCCAUUGUUUCAGCCGCUCGGCUGGCGAGAAGGUGGCACUCUUCAUCCAGUCCACCCUGCACAGGGAUAUCAGCCGCCGCAUUGCUGCCUUUAAGUAUGAGCUUCGGGGAGAUUGGAGCUCGGGAGUACUGCUCUCUCAGCAGAUUGAAAGAGCAUGUAGACCAUGCAAUGACACAGAAGUCCUUAUGGCUGUGUGCACAAGUGAUUUUGUGGUGAGGGGUCACAUUCGUUCAGUGUUCCACGAUGCAGAGCGACAGGAGUCUAUCGUUAGCGUGAGCACCACCAAAAUUUAUAGACAGAAGUACACCCUCUUUCACCCAAUAGGAAAAUACGGAAAAUCCUUUGGGGAAGUCAGGACAUUUUUGAAGUGUGGCGUGAAGCAAGGAGUCGGGAGCUUCAUUUUCACAGGCCACGUCCACUUUGGAGAGGCAUGGCUUGGGUGUGCACCUCGCUACAAAGACUUUAAGAGGAUCUCUGAAGUGGCCAAAGAAGCACACGAGAAUCAGUGCGAGAUUGAGUCAGACUGAUGCUGUUUAAAUAAUGAAGCCGAAUUUUAAAUCGGCAGGAAAGGACUGUAAAACAUAUGCCACAAUGGUCCAUUGAGAAUCACAUUGUGAAGGAAUCCCUGAAGAGAAAGCUUUGGAGUCGGUUGCUUCAUUGUUCAGAGAGAAUGACUGUGACUGUGCUGGUAAUCUCUCAAUGUGCUAACGACACUGUUGGGUUGAUUUAUUGCCCAAUGGGAACAAUUGUUAUUGCACAGACCACCCCCAUAUGUCCCUUGGAGAGGAUUGGAGGGAUGAUUCAUUGUCCAAGGCAAACAAUUGAGGAUAUGCACUCAGCUACACUUUGUGAAGGAGUCAAUUCUGGUCGAAGAUUAAAUUUGUAAAAUCGCUUCAUAUCUGAACACUUGUGGAACACUCCACAGCUAAAAACAAAUGGUUCUGCAUCCCGAUAGAACAUUCCAUGUAUAAAGAAUACACACGGCAAGACUCUGUAGUUGCAUAACGAGGAUCUUUUCACCUAAACAGCCAGUAAUACAGAAACUGUUGACUUGUUAAUGACUGCAGUUUUAGCACCUGACCAGUGCAUUUCAGAUUGUCUGCCUGAGGCGAAGCCUGAACAACCUUCCAUGAUUCAUAAUGACAAUGUUUACUUUGUAUAUUUUUGUUAUAUUUAUAAUUUUAUUUGGUGCAGAGUUAGCAGGAGAGAUCUGCAGUCUAUAAAAUUGGAAUCUCUAAGUCAGAUAUAACAGUUCAAAUACUGAACACAUCAGUACAGGUAGUUCUAUAACGCAAUAGUUGCGUUCCUGCGUGACCUUGCCCUAUAGAAAAUCACGCUAUAGAAAAUCACCUAAUAGGGAAAUCGCUGUAGAAAAUCACUAAACCUGUACGGCAGAAAGUUCGCAUUAUCCAAACAGCAUCCACUAUUCAUCAAUCACAUUACAGCCAUUUCACGUUAACGAAACAUGCGUUAUAGCAGAACUACCUGUACUGGUAACCAGAAAUCCAGUUCUACAGUAUCGAUAGUUUUAUCUCUUCCAGUUAAUGUUCUUAUGGAUCGUCGACAUCUAUUCAGAAAUUCUCUUUGCACCAUAUGACCUCGCCUCUCAAAGUAUAGGAUCCCCAUUCAAUCCAUUCAACGUCCUGGAGUUAUUGUCUUUUUUCAUGAUCCCUAACAGAAAGCUGAGCUCUUAUCCUCACAUUCUCUUUGUGAACUAAGUAGUAAUUGUUGCAUCAAUUACUUAGGAUAUGGACAAAAUUGUGUGCUUAGUAAAUUUGAAGAACUAGGAGUGUUUGGGAUUUGGGAAUUUGGAAUGGUGGGUGCGUGUGUGGAGGCAGGGAAAGGCUAAGGGUAGGACUUAUACAAUUAACGGUAGGGCCCUGGGUAAUAUUGUACAACAGAGAGACCUAGGGGUUCAGGUACGCAGUUCUUCGAAAUGUGCAUCACAUAUGGUUCUGGUAUAAGAAGGCAUUUAGCCCACUUUCCUUCAUUGCUCAAACCUUUGAGGGAGUUGGGACAUUGGUGCGGUCUCUUCUGGAAUACUGUGUCCAGUUCUGGUCACCCUGUUAUAAGAAGGAUGCUAUUAAAUUGGAGAGGGUUCAGAAGAGAUUUACCAGGAUUUUGCCGGGAAUGGAGAGUUUGAGUUAUAAGCAGAGGCUGGAAAGGCUGGGACUUUUUCACUGGAAUGGAGGAGGUUGAAUGGUGACCUUGCAGAGGGUUAUAAAAUCAUGAGAGGCAUGGAUAGGGUAAAUAGCAACAGCCUUUUCCCUUGGGGGAAUGCGUGUGGAGUUCAAAACUAGGGGACAUUUUUAAGGUCAGGAGAAAGGUUUAAAAAGGACAUGAGGGGCAAGGUUUUUACGCAGAGUGGUUUGUGU